AUGAGCGAUAAUCCCGAUGUUCCUGACAACGUCAAGGCUUUCGUGCCACUGGAAAACAACCCAGAAGUGAUGUCCCAUCUAGUCCAUCAACUAGGCCUUCCUCAAACAUUCGGCUUCACAGACGUUUUCUCAAUCGAUGAGCCUGACCUCCUAGCCUUUGUCCCACGCCCUUCACAUGCUCUCCUUCUCGUUUUUCCCGUCUCAGAAACCUAUGAAAAAUCCCGCAUAGCAGAAGAUACUGCUUUACCUGAAUAUAGUGGCUUUGGCCCUGCAGAACCAGUCACUUGGUUUAAGCAAACUAUUCGGAACGCCUGCGGUCUCAUCGGACUGCUUCACGCUGUCGCAAAUGGCAAGUCUCGAAAGCAUGUCAUUGUAGGCUCUGAUCUAGAUCAGUUGCUUCGUGAAGCGGAGAACCUAGAGCCUGCUAAACGGGCAGAUCUGUUGUACGAGAGUAAGGCGUUGGAGAGUGCGCACGCUGAUGCUGCCAAGUUGGGCGAUACAGCCGCACCAUCGGCUGAGGAUCGUGUUGAUCUCCAUUUCGUGGCUUUCGUUAAAGGAGAUGAUGGUACAUUGUGGGAAUUAGAUGGCCGGCGCAAGGGACCUUUGGCUAGGGGUGUGUUGGCUGAUGAUCAGGAUGCGCUAAGUGAGGCUGCGUUGGACUUGGGUAUUCGGCGUUUCUUGAAGACUGAAGCCGGCUCUGAGAGUCAGAGCUCGGAUUUACGUUUUAGCCUUGUUAGCCUGGGGCCUCUCUUUGAUUAA